AUGAAAUUUGAUACUCAAGUUGAUUCGAUCAACACAUACAAUGAUAGUCAUCAAAGUGUUCAUAAACAAUCGAAAAGGAAAUAUGCUCAAAUAAUAUGUUUUAUAUUGAUUGUUGUUAUGAAUUUAAGUGCAUGGAUCGAUUUACAAGGUGUAUUUGUUGAAUUACCAAUAAUGAUUUCAUUUAUACCUGAAGGUUGGACAAUACCAUCAAUAGUAGGUUUAUGUCUUUGUGCUGCUAAUAUUAUGCCUGCUAUAGUUACAUUUUUACGUUGGUAUCAAGGGAAAAGAUUUUCGGAAAUUCCUUAUAUUUAUAUUAUUAUAAUUAUUGGUAUUGUAUCUUGUUGUGUGUUGGCUUUCACAUGGCAAGAAACUACAUAUUUAUUUGGUCGUGAACGAAGUUUAUGGUUACUUGGAUCUGUUUUUACUCUUUGCAUGCUUGACAGUACAUCAUCUCUUGUCUUCUUUGAUUAUAUGAAACGAUUUCGUAUUCGAUAUUUAACUGCAGUAUUUUUAGGUGAAGGACUCACAGGUGUAAUUCCUACAUUAUUGUUAUUAUUACAAGGUAGUGGAGGUGAAGCAAUUUGUAUACAAAGCAAUAAUGACACUACAUUAGAACCUACAUUUACUCAGCCACGUUUCAGUGUUACAGUUUAUAUGCUUCUUAUUACAAGUAUUAUUGUUGCAUCACUUAUUGCAUUUAUUUUACUACGCUGGACAAAUAUAGUUGCAUUAGCUGAUGCUGCCGAACCGACGAAACUUAAUGGCAGUACACUUAAAACAGCUUUAGAUGGUGGUGAAAAUUCUCCUAUGGUUCCUAUAGUCGAAUUAUUUAAACCAUCAAAACCUAUGAAACACAUACCUACUAGCACAUUUAUUUUUCUUCUAAGUCUUAAUACUUACAAUUCAUUUGUAUUAUACGGUAUUUUGCCUUCCUUAAGUACGUACAGUUUAUUACCUUAUGGACAAAAAGUAUUUUACUAUUUUUGUGUACUCAAUCCUCUAUCAUAUUCAAUUUCACUAUUAGUCAGUGUAAAAUGGUCAACAUUAUCAGUUCGUAUGACUAUCAUAGGAACAAUAAUUGGAUCUAUUAUAGCUAUUUUUAUUAUAAUUAUUGCUACACAAAGUCCAUGUCCAUGGUGGGCAGAUACAUUACAUGGUGCUUUGAUUAUGUUAGCUGUUUGGUUUGUAAUGACAAUUAUUAUUGCUUAUCUACGAAUUACAACAGGUAAUCUUAUUAAAGGUGAAUGGUUAGAAGAAAAAGGUAUGUUUUACUUUGGUAUAACUGUUCAAUUAGGAUUAUUCAUGGGUGCAGUUCCUAUGUAUUUAUUGAUCAAUGUUUUUAAUAUGUUCAUAGAUCGAAAACCAUGUCAAAUUUAUUGUGUAACAUGA